AUGGAUCUCAAUAGCCAGCUCCCUAGCUCCCAAUUAUUUGAGCGGGAUGAGUUCUCGCGGUUCUUACACUUUUUCCAGAAAUAUGAGAUCACUACUGUCGAUAUCAUGACCAAAGGAGUCAAGGACCUAGUGGAGAUGACCAGCUUAUCAUUAGCCAAACAUUACCAAGGUACAGCUCUUCAUGGAAAAUCGGCAAUGACUUCCAAAGACUUUAUCGUGUUAAAGGAUAUUUUGAACAAGGAAAUUGAUGUGAAAUUGAAGAUUGAAGGGUAUGAUGGUGCAUGCCUGAAAGAAGCUAAUGAUCUUCACAAAGAGAGUAGUAAUGUGGAUCCGAUGACUUCAACUCCCAAGAGGUUCACCACAGGAAGUUUGAAAUUGGAUAAAAUACUUGGAGGUGGCAUCCCUUUAGGUUAUGUCACGGAAAUCUCCGGCGAAAGCUCCAGUGGGAAAACCCAGCUCCUCAUACAGUUGGCUCUUUAUUGUCAAAUCCCUGAAACUAUGGGUGGGCUCAGCACUGACAAAACCAAGGCAAAAGUGUUCUUCUUAUCCACUGAGGCAAUGCUCCCGAUCACCCGAAUCAUCCAAUUACAAAAAAAAAUGUUUUUGAACAAUUCUAAUUUCACAAAACAAGUGGGGGAUCCAGAAGAAGCAGGGCCGGCUCUAGAAAAUAUCAUUUCUCAUUUCAUCAGUAAAAACUGGGACCAGCAAUCAGAGCUUUUACUUUUCCAUCAACUACCGAAACUUUUAUCGCGAGAUAAGUCCAUUAAAAUUUUGAUAAUCGAUAGUAUUUCUCAUCAUCUUAGGUCUGGUUUGAACGGUGGUGGCGCGAAAGAGAACCUGACAUUUGAAGAGCAAUGGAAUUACAAUGUCGAUGUCAAUUUAUAUCUUGACAGAUUAUACGGGCAUUUGCAGAAAAUUGCAGAAAAGUUUGGCAUUGCAGUAGUGAUAUCUAACCAAGUGACCUCGAUCCCAGUAGAAAAUGAGGGUUUGCAAAAAAUAGAUUGUCUUGAUCGGGAUUAUCAACUCGGAUGGCUCCAUGGGUGGGACUUGUUCGAGAUUAGUAAAGAUCAAAUUGACUCCCAUCAAUUGUCUAAAUUCAGUGGUGGCUCACGAGAUGGGCGUUUUUGUAUAUUUGCCCCAUCGGAAUCGAGUGAGUAUGUGAAGAAAUCCGUAGACAUAACUGGGAAUCCCUCGUAUAGGAGCCAGCGCAAUAAUAUCGAUGAGGACGAAGAAGAGAAUCAGAAUUUGCCUAAGCCUGUGAUGGCAUUCAAUCGAACAGUGCCAUGUUUGAGCUUGCAAUGGGCCAAUAGAAUUCCCACCAGGCUUUUUCUAUCAAAGACCACCAAUCCGUUUGAAAUCAAUAGUAAACGGAUGGAAAUCAAUGAGCAGCUACGAAUGAGAGAAUUAGCAUUUAAACAACAAAGAAUCAGGAAAUUAACCCAGCACAGCGUUAGAAAGAUUGAAAAACUCCAGAAUUAUCGGAAAAGCUUUGUGGAACAAAAUCAUGAGAAGGAUUUUGCUAAAACACUUGCUAUCAUUGACCGACACAUUGAAUUUGAGCAGCGACGAUUACAGAAGUAUGAAAUCCACGCUUAUAAAAAUGAUGACAGGCGUUUGAGGUUGAUAAAUUUGCAGGAUAUUAGAGAAGUGGGCUACGACAAGAAACAUUUCUUUGUAAGGUUGACCAAUUCGGUGUUUGGAGGUCAUUUGCAGACUUUGGAGGUCCGUAUUUCGGACAAGGGCUACAAGUGUGUUUAG